CACAAUGAUCAUGGCAAGAAGGUGAAACUUCACAAGGAAAAAAGGACUGUAUAAAUCACUAGUGUUUAUCAAACGAUUACAUUUUGGUUAUGGAUGAAGAGGAAAGCCCCCGACCCCGAGUUCAGAGCCUUCCGUCUGACUACAGUGAUGUCCAGCCUGAGUCUUAUGACCCGGAAUUCAUCAGCCACAUUAGCAGCAAAAUGCAGGUGCCCUACAAUCUGGUGGGGGUGGAGGGGGUGAGGGCGGAUAACAUGAAGGUCCCAGACAGAAUCAUGGUGGCAGGUGAAGGGAAGCACUUAGGAGGAAGACAAGGCUUUCAACAGCUGGACUUUGAUAAAGCGACGCCUUACGUGAAUUAUGUUGGACUACAGACCCCACCCAGGACCCUAACUAUGGAGGAAGCAUUAAACUUCCCCUUACUAGAGGACAGACAAGAAGAGGAAAGAGAACAAAACAUGUCACAAAACCAUCCCCGCACAUAUGUACCUAAUGGGGAGCUGAGCUCAAGACAACCUCAACCCUUUAUCCCAGGGGAUUCCAUUAAUGAGUCACUUUUAAUGAAUGAUUUAGAUGAGAAUACGCAGCUAAGAAACGCAGUGGCAAAGCUGACUCGCCGUGUAAAGGACUUAGAGGACAAUGAUAAAACGAGAUCUUAUAUAUUGUACCCUACUGUGAUGGUAUUGUCAUUAAAGCUUCUGUAUGAUGUAUUUAUAAAGUCCAAAUGACUAUAUGGAAAAAGGCGUCCAUAAGUCAUAAAGGGACAUUGAUUCUUCAGUAAACAUUCAUAUUAAUGUGUAAUUUUAAAAACACUUUCUUUUCAUUUUUAUUCAGAAAAAAUAUUUACAUGUAAAUAUUAAAUGCUACAUUAUGUUACAUAGUCAAUACAUCAUGAGGACCAAAAAGAUGGCACAAUGUACCAUGAUAUUAUACAAGGCAGAAAAGAUGCAGUUUAUGUACUAUACAUGUAUGUCAUUUCCCCUAAUUUGGUCUAAUGUAUUGUGUAAAUAUAUAUGUUUAUUUUGUUUCCUUUAACAUUAAGUAUGCUGUGUUGAUACUCUGUAAAGAUUAUUUUUGCCUUAUAAUAAUAAUGAAGUUUGUGUACAUAGCAUACAUGUAUGUUUGGUGUACAUAACUAAUUCAGUGUUUGGUGAUGAGCUAGUCUAGUGAUCUACAAACAAGUUUUCUCUAUUUUUAAUAUGUGUGGUAGGUCAUUGACAGGUUAAUUUUGAAUGCUUAUAAAAGAGUUUUUUUUCUCUCGUCAUUUGAUAGAUUUUAAGUUUCUUGUUUUUCUCCUAUUAAUUUUUGAAAAUGUUUGAUUCAAGUUCAUUAAUCAAAUGACAGGGGAAAUAACUCUUAUCUUUCAUUGCAGUUUUUCUGUCCUGACAAAGAAAUAUAUUUUCUGAUUAUGUUACACAUAAAUGCUUCAUUAUGACAUAUUCAUUUCAAUUAAAUGUUAUCAUGUAUGAUCA